AUGGCAGAUAUACUUGAUAGAGGAGCAAAGCUUUUUGAUGGUCCUGAAAGAGACUACAACCAUGCCACAGACUCUCAAUAUCACAAUUUGCGUGCUAAAGCAGAUGAGUUCUACAAGAAGAGAAACCAUUUGAGUCAACAAUCACAAGCUGCCUACAAGGCUGGAGAUAAACAGCGUGCACACGAACUCAGUGAGCAGCUGAAACAGGCUCUCAACCAAGCGGAAAACUACAGUGAACAAGCUGCUGAAUAUGUCUUUCGUGAAAACAAUACUGAUUCUGCUGCUGAUGAGAUUGACUUGCAUGGGUUGUAUGUGAAAGAAGCUAAGUGGAUUGUGCAAAGGCGUAUAGAGCAAGCUGUUAGAACCAAUCAAAGCCACUUGAAAGUUAUUGUGGGAAAAGGAAACCAUUCUGCCAACGGUAUCGCAAAGUUGAAACCUGCUAUCGAGGAAUUGUGCAAUGAAAGUAAUUUGAAACACUACAUUGACCCAAAGAAUAGUGGUGUGUUGGUGAUUGACUUAGACAACGCUAGUGCCUCGCAGCUCCCCAACUCUUGGGGCCAAGGACCAAUCACACAACCACAACAAGCGUACCACGGAAGUAACCAACCACAUUAUACCAACCAACAACAACAACACCAUGGAGGACAAGGUCACUACCAACAGCAAAAUAAUGAAGACAUCAAGACAGGAAAUCAACUUGUCGACUUGCUUAUCAAAGGUCUCUGUAUGUGUCUCAAUAAGAAGUAG